GCUGUCACUGCCAACGGGUCGUCAAGGCGACGGCGUUACUUUGACAACGAAAAUUAAGGGAAGAAAUUAGAGCAGUAAGAGUCGAAUUCUCACAAAGAACAGAAGCAAAACAACGAAAGUAAACCAAACUUUCUUGAAAUCGAAAGUUUCUAUGAGUCAAAGGAAUGGGUUACAAGAGCAACUAUCCGCAGAUGGUGAGGGAGGCGGGCUUCAAGCUGCGCCAGUACCGCGAUGGACCCUUGGACUGGCGUUUAAUGGGUUCCUAUGAGACUGACCGAAUACUGAGGGAGCAAAACUUCGAGCUUGUUGACAAGGCCCUGCAGCACUUGUCGGAGGCACCACUGGGCACUGUUCUGGAGACACACAUCCUCGACAGCGGCAUAGCCAAGUACUUUGUGAUGUCGCAGUACGCCAUCCAGUAUCUCGUCUGCUGUCGGACCUACCUGGAUGAGUGCGUGACGGAUUUGCGCGAGGCGCAUGAGAUAUCCCAGCAGGAGAUAGCCAAUCUCCGCAAAUCUCUGACGGAGUCCAACAACGAGGUGGUGCAGCUGAACAAGAGGAUCACCCAGAUAGAGACAAUACGCGAGGUGGUCUACCCCUGUCACCUGUGCACCAAGAACUUUAUCAGCAACGAGGCCCUCAACAUACACAUAGGGCGCAAGCAUCGCGUGGGCACACCCCCCAGCCUCGGGGCAGCACAAAGCAACGCCAAGGACAAGGACAACGACAUGAACCUGAUCAACACCAUCAAAAUGGAGCUGGAGAUUAAGCAGCUAAAGGAGCGACUGAAUACCGCCGAGCGCAACAUCAAAGAGCGCAGCAGUGGUUCCAAGCGGCCGAGCCCUCGCCAAGAUCAGCGCAAUGUGGGUAUACAAAGCAAUCUGACCGAGGACAAAGAGAAGGACGACCUAAACAGCGAGACCCAGGAGGGUGAGGCCAGCGAGCGCAAGGAGCAGCUGCACGGUCUGGCGGAGCGAUUGAGCAACUUCGAGGUUUUGCAAACACAACUCAAGCAAAGCAACGAACAGUUCAUCAUGGAUAUAAAUCAGAAGCUGGAAGGGCUCAGCCAUGCCCUCGAGCAGACCAAAAAGACCACCGGCAACACAGAGCCUACCCCCUUGGAUGGCCGCAUGCCCACGCCCACACCUUGCCUGGAAGAUUUGGAACGCAUUCUCACCGAAAAGGUGACGGAGAUUGGCAAGAUCAGUGCCAGCAAGCUGGAGGAAGUGGUUAACCACCUGGAGGUGGGCUACAAUGAUAAGCUGGAGGCUCUAGAACAAGAACUCAAGCAGCUAAGGGUGCGCAAGGAGGCCCCUAAACCUCAGACGGUGGCGAUUUUCCAUGGUUCAGGCACUUCCAAGAUACCGAAGCCUGUGAGCCGCAAGGAAGAAACGAAUGUGGAGCGCAUCCGGAAGCAAGUGGAGAGCGAGUUCCUCAAGAGCAAGGCAGACGACGACACUUACUCCAUUGAGGGGCCGCGGGAAAAGUCUUUGGCUCCGCCUCCUCCUCCUCCAGUGGAAGUCCAAGUGGAAAUCAACGUACAACCAAGUGGCGGCAGCUCCAGCAGCCAUCCAACGUACACGAAACCAGACGCCAUUGAGCCGGCUCUUAGCAAGCCUGAGGCGAGAGAAACCACAGACAUAGAUGAGAGCCUCAGCCAUGAGGAUGCAGGAAUAGUGCAUGACGAUACAGAGCAGACCCUUUCGGAUGACGGCAGUGAAACGUUGACUUCUGAGGCAGACCUACCGCGGACAGUCGAAAAGGCAGCAUCCAGCAGGCCUACAGCCCUCUCUCUCAGGAGUCCACAGAAGCCGCUGACCCGCAAGGAUGCCCGCAAGCUGGUCAUUCGGAAGAUGUCCUCCCAUGGCUACGACGUGAAGUCCAAGACUAUAUCCCACACGACCAUGAAGCGAAUCAACGGGGAACUAACGGAGCAGCGCAACAAGCUAAAAUUGCAAUAUCCGCAGUUCUAUGCCACUCGCAAUCGCAUACGCAAGUUCGUAGAAAAGCUCUGCUCCACAAAGCUACCGCAACGGGCCGAGAAUCUGCUGAAGCACAGGACGCCGCUGCAGCCCGUUGAAGCACCCAAACGCGGAAGCCUUCGUUCAGCCCCAAUGCAGGAGCCUGAUACGGCGGCCCAUAGCUCCCAAGAGGAGGAAGACAGGUCGGGGAGCAGCGAACAGUCCGAGUCGCGUGGUUCCAGUCCGCAGCGGCAGGUCGAUGAAAAUUUCAAAGCCCGUUUGGAGCAGAUUCUUGUGAAGCCCGCAGCGAUUGCUGCUCCACGUGAAGCUUCCAAGUCUUCUUUGAGUACCAGGCCAGUGCCUCUGCCGCGAAAACGAGUCAUGUUCAAUACGAUGGUUGGUGGCAAAGGCAUUAACGAUAGCGAAGAUGAUUUAAAGAAUACCCACAAUUACGCGAUGGUCUGCUCCAGGGUGACCGCUUGCGGUAUUUUUAAUACCGGUAUAUAAUGGUAUAUUUUGUCACUUUGUUCUAUUAAAUUUA